UUCAGGGAGGCCGCCCGGUAUGGGAAGAUUCCCGGUAUUCUCGCCCGUCCGUUGGGGAGCCGCUGAGGACCGGAAGGUGCAUCCGAGGGCCGAAAAGCGCUCUGAGAUUGAGCCGGAGUUCAAGGAGCAAGGCUCCCCUCAAACCAUUUUACAGAUAGGAAAACUCGAGACCCAGAGAAGGGAAGCGCUCGACCAAGUCACCCCAAGCCAAGAACCGAAGGCGGAAACAGAGUUUUCUCCGCGAGGAUGGGACUGCACACCCGCAGAGUGCAUGCGGGAGCUGUGGCCGAAGCCCAGCACUAACAGUGGCUGACCAGGGAUCGAGACUGCGUGGAGGGCUGGAUUCUUCCUUGCCUCGGUUUCCCCAGCACUACCUCUGGUAGGGGUCGGGAGACGAGGCAAGUGGCCAAAAAGACGCCUGCCAGGACUGUCUCCGCGCAUCCUCAAGUCUGAUCGUAAUUCCUUUAGCCUACUACCUCCCCGCCCCCUUAAAAUACGGUCCUCCCGUUCGAGCCUCUCGGUGUUCUAUUGGAAAGACUCUAGGGUCCUAGUCCAUUCUCUAGAAUGAACUGCUCAGACUACCGCGGGAGCUUCCCUGGAACUGCUAACUGCGCAGGCGCAAGGGCCGCCUACCCGGAAGGCGGAAGAACCGGGUCCCGACGCCGCGGGGAGGGUCGGGGGCGGAGUGUGUAUUAACCAAUGACCUGAAGCAGCAGGGAGGGCGGGAUCAGGCUCGCAGUUGCUAAGCGCUACCCUGGAGGGAGGUGAUUUAGGCAAUGGGGUGAAGGGUGGUUCAAUGGCCCUUCACGUCUUUAUCCUUCUGGCCCUCGGAAGUUAAGCAACGAAGAGGCGGGCCUAGGACCGGAAGCAGGAAGGAGGGCGCAGGAAGAAGGGUGUUGCAGCUGGUCGUGCAGUCGGUCCGUGAGUCUAUCCGUCCCGAGGGCAGGAUGGAGAAACUGCGGCUUCUGAGCCUCCGCUACCAGGAGUACGUGACUCGUCACCCGGCCGCCACGGCCCAGCUGGAGACUGCAGUGCGGGGCCUCAGUUACCUGCUGGCAGGUCGCUUCUCCGAUUCGCACGAGCUGUCAGAGCUGGUGUACUCUGCCUCUAACCUGCUCGUGCUGCUUAAUGAUGGGAUCCUGCGAAGAGCGCUCCAGAAAAAGUUGCCUGUGUCGCUGUCCCAGCAGAAGCUGCUGACAUGGCUGAGCGUGCUGGAGUGCGUGGAAGUGUUCAUGGAGAUGGGGGCCGCCAAGGUGUGGGGUGAAGUGGGCCGUUGGCUUGUCAUCGCCCUCAUCCAGCUGGCCAAGGCUGUCCUGCGGAUGUUCCUGCUGAUCUGGUUCAAGGCUGGCCUCCAGACCUCACCCCCUAUUGUUCCGCUGGACAGGGAGACCCAGGCACGGCCCCCUGAUGGUGACCAGAGCACUGACAGCCAGGAGCAGUCGUACGUGGGGAAACGGUCAAACCGAGUGGUACGAACCCUCCAGAACACCCCAUCCCUGCACUCGAGGCACUGGGGAGCCCCCCAGCAGCGGGAGGGGCGGCAGCAACAGCAGCAGCGCGAGGAGCUGAGUGUCACCCCCACCCCUCUGGGCCUGCAGGAAACCAUCGCAGAGUCCUUGUACAUCGCCCGGCCGCUGCUGCACUUGCUCAGCCUGGGCCUGUGGGGUCAGCGGUCGUGGACACCCUGGCUCCUCUCUGGGGUCGUGGAUGUGACCAGCCUGAGCCUCCUGAGUGACAGGAAGGGCCUGAGCCGGAGGGAGCGGCUGGAGCUGCGGCGACGGACCAUCUUGCUGCUCUACUACCUGCUGCGCUCCCCGUUCUACGACCGCUUCUCCGAGGCGAGGAUCCUCUUCCUGCUCCAGCUGCUGGCAGACCACGUUCCGGGCGUUGGCCUGGUGGCAAGGCCGCUCAUGGAUUACCUGCCUGCCUGGCAGAAAAUUUAUUUCUACAGUUGGGGCUGACCUAUCCCAGGAGUGGGUGCAGGGAGGGGCAGGGGUGCCCCAGCCUCUGGGUCCCCCAGGGCCCCUUCACCCUAAUAAACCGACUCUGGCAGCGA